AUGUUGUCAAACGCACCACUACUUGACGUGCCUUGCCAGUGUGAGCCCUCUGCCCUCCCGCUUGCUAUCUCUACCGUGCAACGCCACCCCGCCCGAUCCCUGCGCCGCUCGUCUAAAUCUGGUCCUGGAUCGGCGCGUCCUGCAGCAUAUCCGUGA